AUGGCUGGCGACCACGACCGCCAUGCGCUUCUGGCUGACAAUCACUACGACAACGAUGCCACCCUUGUUGACUCGGACUCAGCAUCAGACGUUGAUGGUGCUGAUGACAGACUUUCAGGAGAAUACGGUCAUGUCAAAGAGACUGAUAGAGAUAUCCUUGAAGAGACAGAGGAACACGAGAGACUGCUGCAAAAGCCAGGGCGAUCGUUUUUAGGGCUGAUCGGCGGAGAACAGCAUGGAGAUGCCCCUAGCAAGAAGACGAAGAAGCGUGGCAGAAGGGCCAAUACACACAGGACGAGGCCUUCUCAAGAUUCCGAUAUGUUUGAAAUGGAGGGUGGCUUCAAGGACACCAGCUCGCAGGAGUCUUCUGAUUCCGAGACGAAGGGCACUAAAUGGGACCGUCAACUCCCGGCAAAGAAACAUCGUGGACGACUGGCCAUUGUGUACCUGGCGAUCAUCGCUCUUUUCAUUGCCCUCGUGUCUGGUGCCUACAAAGCGUCCAAAAAGCACAUCCUUGCACCGACACAUCACCGUCUGAUCAAUUUCUCCAAUGGCACUCACAACUUCCGUCCAACAACCAUUCUGAUAUCCCUUGAUGGCUUUCGUGCUGAUUUCCUUAAUCGCGGCAUUACUCCAGCAUUGAAUGCUUUUAUUGCCAGCGGUGUCUCACCAAAAUACAUGUUACCAUCGUUCCCAUCGGUGACAUUCCCAAACCAUUUCACUCUUGUAACAGGCCUCUAUCCUGAGAGCCACGGCAUUGUCAGCAAUCAAUUCUGGGAUCCAAUUUUCGGGGAAGAGUUCUAUUAUACCAAUGUUGGCGUCUCGAUGCAACCUAAGUGGUGGACUGCUGAACCAAUCUGGGUAACCGCAGAAAAUCAAAACGUUCGUACUGCCAUUCACAUGUGGCCGGGAUCUGAGGCUCAUAUUCCGGACGUCGAGCCAACAUAUCUCGACAAGUACAACGGAUCAGAAGCGCUACCACGAAAGGUAGAUCGAAUCCUAAAUUGGCUUGAUCUUCCCGGUGACGAUGAUGAUGCUGCUCCUGACGCGGAUAAGCGGCCUCAACUCAUCGCUGCGUACGUACCGGAUGUUGAUGCAGACGGUCAUAAAUACGGGCCUAACAGCACUGAGAUUCGUGCCACUAUCGCUGAUGUCGACAGCAUGCUUACUAUGCUCGUUGAGGGACUCUAUAACCGUAACCUGACCGAGAUAGUAAAUAUCGUGAUAGUAUCUGAUCAUGGGAUGGCGACCACAUCUACAGAAAGACUGAUUCAACUUGACGAUUUGAUGGACACGUCAUUGAUCGAUCAUAUUGAUGGUUGGCCACUUCGAGGUCUUCGAUUGAAAAAUCCUGAGCGCGAUGUUCCGAUUCUAUACGAGCAACUCUCGAAGGAGGCAGAAAAGGCCGGAACAUUUGAUGUUUACACGCCUGAGACUAUGCCAGAACGAUAUCAUUUUUCCAAUAACGACAGGAUUGCUCCUCUCUGGAUUGUUCCGAAGACAGGAUGGGCAGUUGUCGAGAAACCUGACUUUGAUGUGGCUGAUGCCCUCGCCACCGGAAAAGAAUAUGAGCCAAAAGGACUUCACGGCUAUGAUCAUGAGCACCCUUUGAUGCGUGCCAUAUUUGUUGCCCGAGGCCCUGCUUUCCCUCACAAGGCAAACAGCCGAGUUGAGGUUUUCCAGAAUAUUGAGGUUUAUAACAUCGUGUGCGAUGCAUUGGGCAUGGCGCCCCAUCCCAACAAUGGAACUCUCAGACUGCCCUUGAAGACUGUGGGGCUACACAGUGACUUCGAUGCUGCUGGUCCGGAAACUCCUAGCGAUCCGGUUGACCAUGACACGGAGCCAAACCAAGUGGAUGACCAGGACUCAGGGGACAAGACAUCAGAAAGCACAACACAAACAGAUGAUACGCAAGAAGAUGUGUCUGAUGAUCAACAAGGGGAUUCGGUUGAAGGGAAAAGCAGCUGGUGGAAAUUCAUCCACGACGGGCUUGAAAAAGCAAAGGAAUGGGCUAAGCAGUUUGUCGACUCAAUCAAGGGCAACAAGGAAGAAGGGAGUGACAAUGUUGAGAAUGCCCCAAGUGUUUCAGCUUAA